CUCUUCUUUUUUUUGAAAAAUUGAUUUGGAUUCAUGAAUAUAAUCAAUAUAAAAUUUCAGCUUCGGAGCCUGCACCUACAAUUUUUGAGACGCAACAUCAUGGGGCGGAGGCAAGUGGGUUUUGUCACGGAUGAAUGCAGUGAUUUUGUGAUCUUGGUGUUUGAUUUUAUUAUGAGGAUCAGACAAAGCUGGUGUUAUUAACAGAGCAGGAUCAUGGAGAUUGUCGUCUUCGCGAUACUAUCGGUACUGAUAAUCUGUCUUUUGAUCACAGUUCAUGCUUGUAUCCUUGGGAGGGUUUUUGGGAGAGGCAACGAAAAUGGGAUAUGGUUUACGAAAGGGGAAACUCAAGGUAAGAAGCUUCCUUGCUUUAAUUACAGGGAAGGGGAUGAAGAAAAUGGCCCUACGGAUUGUGCUGUGUGCUUGGAAAAUUUUAAGACAGGCGAAGAAUGCAGGUUACUGCCAAACUGCAGGCACAGCUUCCACCGUCAAUGCAUAGAUUUGUGGUUGUUGAAGACACCCAUUUGCCCAAUUCGCAGAACAUCCGCCAUGGCUGAGAAGAUCUGUGGACUUCCAGGGACAGAAAGUAGCAUUUCCAGCAAUGUUGGGAUUGAAUUGGCACAGAGAAUUCAAAAUGCACUGGCAGGACCAAGGGAAUGCCUCCACAGGCUAGCUAUUUAAAUUCAUUUCUCUCUUCCCACUUCUUUAUUGCUUUAAGGGUGGAAGAGACUACUGAUGAAGAGAGUCAAAAGGCAUAACUGAAGCGCACUUCAGAGAUGACGACGAGGACACGAGGAUGAAGAUGAAGAUACCUUCCAGUUUUGAACAGGAAGAUAUGAUUUCCUGUCUUGCUCAAGCUUAAAAAUCCAAGAAGAUAUGCAGUCUUCCUGGAACUACAAGCAUAUCAUUUUGGAAUUGCUUCAUAGUUUCUUGCUUGUAUGACCUGAAUGAACUUGAUUUUUUGCUUUAGAAGCAAGAAAAUAAUUUGAAAAUGUCAAUGAAGAGUGCCAUUAGUUUGCCUACAGAUGCAAAGAUACUAACUACAUGUUUGGUAUAUAAGAUUGGAAUAAAAUUUGAUGGAAUGUAAUUGAAUUUAUCACUUUAUUUCAA